CUAAAAUUUCAUCUUUUAAUAUUAUUUCAUUAUUAAAUAUUAUGUAUCUGUAUUAUUAUUCUUUAUUAGUUUUCAUGAUCACUGUAUUAUCCUUUUGGAGUUUCAAAAAGCAUGAGUUAAAAGCAUGAGGAACAUAUGUCAGGGGAAAGCUAUAUAUUGCUCAGAGAGGUAUGUGUGCCAUGUAACAUGUUCACUCAGCAUAAAUGUUUCCACUGAUGCAAGUGUACCACAGAUGUACACAACAAGGAAAGUAGCGCACGUAUGACAUUUACGUUCUAAGUUGAGAAGCUCAGAGCAACAUGUUUGUUACCUUACAAGGAAGCUGUAAGACUGUGUGAUGUAUAAAACUCAAUGUCACAUUGUACCACCUCAGAGAAACAUGUAGGCAUGACCGGGUGAGAGGGUAGAGAUACAUGGAGAAACGCAUAGACCAGGCAUGAACACAACAUCAUGAAGUUUCUCUCCUGACAUAUAUAAUUUAUAAUAAAACGUUCUUGGCAAGAUAACUGGUGUCCGGUCCCGUAAAUUGAAUAAUAACGGGGAAACACAAGAGGCUUUAAUUCCAAGUCUACAUUUGGCGUCACGAGGAACAGGAUAGCAUUCAGACAUUUGUCUCAAUCAUUCAAGGAAUCAAUUCCAUUGACAUUGAUUAGAGAUGGUUGCAAGUUAUUCUCGAUACCCAACGAUGAUGGUAUGCUUAUUUUUAACUUUACUUGGCAUUUGUCAAGAAAGCCACGCUUUAUGGACUCCUCGAGUUCAAGAGAUCACUCGGAGUGCAACUCUGAAAUCUGGUCAACAUUUUACCCUACCCUUUAUUUCCAGAUGGGGAUUAUGGGAUUGGGUGCCACGUAAUGACACAGACCUUGCUAAAUAUCGUAAGGGCAUCUAUGGAGGAUGUAACUUUUACCACCAAUGUUACAAAAGCAGAGUAAUUUGGCCGGUAAAAGACGGGGGGUAUACUGGUAGUGCUCAAAGACGAGAAAUUUGUGCAAGAGAACGAUGUGAAGUUAUAGGGUUAAACCUCAUAACAUCUACUAAUGUGGAAAUUAAUUUAGUUCUGAAUCGUACCCACAUGCUUACAAUAUGGGAUUCAUUGGCCGAAGGGUGUAUUUAUCCCAUAGGGUUGCCAUGCGAAGGGUUUCUGAGGGAUCCUUCCUCAAAAACAACAAGAUUUAAGGGAAAUUAUGUACGAGUAUGGCAUUCAGAAGAUGAGAGUGAAUAUUGUGAGACUGAACUAGAAACUGGCGAAAUCGGAAGGUGUUUUUAUCUUUCUGCGGAAAAGACAAACAAAGCAAAAACAUGCCCAAAUACAACCAUUGCACCAGCUCAUGGUAUUUUGUUAGCAAAAGAAACCAAAACCUUGAUAAAUGAAGCCCAUAUGGUGCAACAACGAAUUAAUUAUAACUUGAAUUCUCUUCUUACCGUUUUUGAUCAGUCUUAUUGUGGUAAUUUUACACAAAUAAGAAGUUGGUUGGGAAAAGAAGUUAAAUAUUACACCUCUAAAAAUCCUCUGAGUAGAAAAAAUCGUAAAACUCGAAGUAUAUGGGGAGAUAUUGCGGGGGUAUUUGGUUCUGUCAAUUCAAUCAGUAAUACUGCUCAAAUGAAUCAGUUAAGUAAAUACACUCAGUGGGUGGGAACAAUGAGUGGGAAAGGACUCACUGAGGCUCUUCAGGGUUCUCUGCAUAUUAUUGCAGCGGGUCAGCAUCUUAAUGAUGCUGCAAAGGAAUUGGCAGAUGCAUUAAUAAAAUCGUCUGAUUUUGAGACGCAUCGUGCGGCGUGUUUAUUUUUAGCUCAGAAUUUAAAGGAUCAAAUGGUAGAAGAUAUUCAAGUUAUUCGAAUGGGACAAGUUCCUGAGCGAAUAGCAGAAUCAUUGUUAGUGGUUUUCAGGAAUCAACUUAAUUUGACUUCUGCUAAACAUAUUCCAUUAGUUAAAAUCGCUAUUAAUGAAAAUUCAUUGUCAGGUUCUGGAAUGUUACCUUUGAUUAUGAUAUGGCCUCAAUAUGGGAAGCGUAAUAUUAUGACAGUCAGGAAAUUCCAAUCAAUGGGUGUUAGGCAAGGUAAUUCAGUAAUUAGAUUAGGAAGAAAUGGAUAUUGGGCUGAAGGUGAUACACCAAUGAUUUCUACCACAGACUGUUGUGUCGAGGAACAUGAGUGGGUAAUUUGCUCAUGCUCUACAAUGUUUAGUCUAUCUCUUAAUGGUUCUGCUGUUUGGGAUGUAGUUCCUUUGAGUCAGGCCACAGGUGCAUGGCAACUUUCAGAAGCACAGUGGUGUAUAUUACAUGAUGGAACAAGUGAAAAUAUGAUAUACGGGGGAAAGUUGUGUCCAAUCCCUCCUGAUCCAUUUUGUCUUGAAAUUCUCUAUCCUCUUCAUUUGGGUGGAAUUCAUGUUCCACAUGUGCAAUUGUUACAGGUAGAACCACAAUGGUGGAAUAAUGACUUAGUAGAAGAACGGAAUUAUGAACUCUUUGAGAUGGUUAAAAUAGUUAGAAAGAGUGUAAAAGCAGCUCAAGACGAGGGAAUUCAAGCAAUGGGUCAUGUUAUAGUAGCAAAUGGAAUAGCUAAAUUGAUGUCUGAAAAGAAACUAACACGAAUCCUAGGGAAUUUAUCGUGGUCAGAUUGGAUAGUUUUGAUCAUGGUAGGAGUUCUUGCAGUCAUGUUCAUGAUUCAAAUUAUGAUAUGUGUUACUAGAAAAAGAAAUACCAAAUCUGUCAAACUGAUUAUUUCUAACCAAAUGGAUAAAACCAAGGAUGGAGUAUACAGCGUGAAAUAGGGAAAUGUAUGCAUUAUUCCUUAGAAAGCAUUACCUCACAAACAAUGAACACCCGCUUACUGAUUUUCAACCCCAAGGGAUAGGACCCUUUUACAUCAACGUUUAUUUUAAUUUCUUAUUUUGGCUCGGAACUGGGGGAUUUAAUUAGUUACGAGUUAAUUAAUUAAUGAGUCCAGGCACGAGCAGAAGAAUUAUUAGUUUUUAUUUUCUUAGAUGAUUGGGGUUCAUUUUAAAUACAUACACAUAGAUAUUAAAACACACAUAGUAUACGGGGACAUAACACGGGUUGGGGUUUUGUUCUUUUUGUUCUUUGUUUUGUUUUUCCUUUUCUAUUCUUCUGUUCGUUCUGUCUAUUUCCUUGGUCUGCUAUUUCUUCUCCUCACUAUCACUUCUAUAGGUUGGCCACCUGGGAAUGAUGGUGUGGAACUUACGGCCGUAGUUCCAGUGGAGGGAGAUGAAGACUAAAAUUUCAUCUUUUAAUAUUAUUUCAUUAUUAAAUAUUAUGUAUCUGUAUUAUUAUUCUUUAUUAGUUUUCAUGAUCACUGUAUUAUCCUUUUGGAGUUUCAAAAAGCAUGAGUUAAAAGCAUGAGAUGAACAUAUGUCAGGGGAAAGCUAUAUAUUGCUCAGAGAGGUAUGUGUGCCAUGUAACAUGUUCACUCAGCAUAAAUGUUUCCACUGAUGCAAGUGUACCACAGAUGUACACAACAAGGAAAGUAGCGCACGUAUGACAUUUACGUUCUAAGUUGAGAGGCUCAGAGCAACAUGUUUGUUACCUUACAAGGAAGCUGUAAGACUGUGUGACGUAUAAAAACUCAAUGUCACAUUGUACCACCCUUAGAGAAACAUGUAGGCAUGACCGGGUGAGAGGGUAGAGAACAUGGAGAAACGCAUAGACCAGGCAUGAACACAACAUCUUGAAGUUUCUCUCCUGACAUAUAUAUAAUAUAUAAUAAAACUUUCUUGGCAAGAUAA